GCGCUCCUGGAUCCGGAAUUACUUGGGCCUGGUUUCCCAGUCUCGUCUUUGCUCUCCCUCAUUCGUUUCACGGGAACUUAUAGAUAUGCAGAACGAACACGGAGACGAUUACAUUCGUCGUAUCGCAUCCUUUAUUCGGUCCAAUGAACGUGGUCUCGCAGAGGCAGUCAUUGCACGGCCCCGCCGUGCACCACGACGUCCACCAGAAUCGGCCUCUGUCUUCAAUCCAGUAGGCUGGUUCUCAGAUCCUGCUGCUGGGACAAGCGUAAAGCCUGUAGUGUUAUCUAUCGACACUCACCAUCUAUUCUAUCUUCUGAUGCGCCUUGAAGCCAUCGGUAUCGAUGUUGGCACUCUAGACGUUCGUAUAGACUGCCCAUCUCGGCCACUAAGCUACAUCAACGUCUUUCCGGAUCCAGACAAGUCAGAAACGCUCUCACUCUCCUCAGUACGAUCAUCACUGUCGGUGGUUUCCAAUCUAUCCCUUGGUGCAGGAUGGUGGAGCCGUGCCGGGCCAACCAGUAUAGAUGCAGAGCUCAAAUAUUUAUUUAGCAGCUUUACAAAGCUCCCUGCUCUCUCUAUCACAGCCCCUGGUCGGAAAGGCAUCGCAGAGCUGGUGAACGAACCCCCUAAUAAGAAUGCCAUUCCGAUGGAUUCUUUCAAAAAUUUACAAUCAUUAGAAUGUAUAGACAUUGAUCCUCGAGCAUUGUUGGGAUGGGAUAAACUUGCGGAAAGUUUGUGGAGUUUGAAGAUAAAGAAGAGCGGGUUGGAGGACGUGUCGGAUAUCUUUAUUGGAGCAGUUCUGGACGAUCAGGCUAGGCGAGAAGGUAGUGCCAGCAGGAAGCGCAGACGAAGGAUUCCGCAAGGAGUGUUGAAGCCGACAUCCUUUCAUUUCUCUCAACUUCCUGAUUCAGUGCCAGAAGAUGCCAACGGCGAGACGACUUCCGUAGAACCCGUUCUUGAUACCACUGGCACUUUGUCCCCCUCACCUCCACCUUCGCAACUUUCGCCCCGUAAGUGGGAAUGGCUAAAACAGCUCUCACUUUCCGAUAAUGCCUUGACAUUCUUUCCCUCUGAACUUAACCCCUAUCUCUCAUCUCUCACUCACCUCGACCUUUCCUCCAAUUUACUUGUCUCCAUCCCACCAGGGCUCGGUGCUCUUUACAAUCUAAUUUCCCUCAAUGUUUCUGACAACAUGAUUGACUCUGUCUUGGGUAUAUACCAGAACCUCGGACAGGUGCUGUUCCUGAAUCUCUCUCAUAACCGGCUAGAAUCCAUAUGUGGACUCGAGCGCCUCCGUGCUCUUGAACGCGUCGAUCUUCGGGGUAAUCUGAUUGAGGAGGCCGCUGAAAUUGGCAGACUGGCAAGCCUUCCCAACAUAUCGGAUGUGUGGGUGGAGAACAAUCCUCUGGUGGAACUCGAGGAGGCGUACCGGAUUGCAUGUUUAGAUUAUUUCUGGAAGGAAGGGAAGACAGUCAAACUGGAUGGAGUUCCCCCGAGGUUUUACGAGAAGCACAAUCUCACUGCUCCUCCCUCUCAGCAAAUGACCUCCUCUCGUCCAGUUUCCGCCGCAUAUUCUCCACCCACCAUUGCCGUUGGCCACCCGCAUCCACACUCGCAAACUCAGCCUGGUUCGCCUCUCGAAGCUGUUGACAAAAAGCCUUCGCCUUCUGGAUCUUCGAACCCUUCUCCUCAUCUCGGACCCGUGAGUGCUGUCGGUGUCAGCAGCAAAGGUCGUCGAAGGAAACCGAAGCGAAUCGUGGAUUUGGACAUCGAACGCAGCAACCCAGAGGCGGUUGUCGGUCAUAGGAGGACCAUAUCCAAUAGUUCAGUCAAGAUUCAAUCAAGGGCCUCAGAGGAAAUUCCCUUACAAUCCGAUACCCAGGUAGUCGAACCAUUUAAUACUCUCCAUCAAGCGGAAACGAUACCUCAGCAUUCGUCGGCGAAUGUACCUACCGACGAUUUUAACGUUGAACAUGUACUUUUUUCAUCAGAGCAACCCACCCAGCAAACGGCAUCUCCUGCCCGCCGCUCACGCCAUAGUCGUUUUCAUUCACAGUUCACCCCAUCUCUAGCCGAUGACCAAUUCAAUGAACCUCCAGAGGAUGCACUAGCCUUUAGAAGGUCGCGUAACUCCCAAACCUUCUCCUCAUCAGCAUUGCGCCGAGCCAGGGUUACGGCCUCUGUUUAUGAACCUUCGACAAUUCCUUAUGACGGUGAUGAGAGAAAUGUUGAUGAAGGGGAAGUGUUCCGAAGACGGAUUGAGGCUCUCAAGCAGGACAUGGGGGAUGGAUGGCUCAAAGUUUUCAGCCAGAGCCAGAUGAAGACAUCACCGUAACUUAUCGUCCAUUGUUAGCAUUCCUUGCCUGACUGAUUUAUCCCUGUCUUCAUUCUGUUACACCUUUCUGAUUUGUUCUGUUCGGGUACAGUACAUGUAUAUUGACAGGUUCCGGAGAUUUUUUGCUCACGGAAUAGCUCCUAUUAUCAUUAUCCACCAUGACGAUCUCAAGAAAACCGCACAUAAUU